AUGCAGGGCUUUUACACGACGCUCUACAAUGAGGCCGCGCAAGAGGCCGCUGGUAUCAUUGAGGAUUGGAGGAAAACGAGGGGCGAGAAACUCUCGUUAGACUUGAAGACGGCCUUUUUUUCUAAGGCCAAGGUACUGCACAAGAUGGCGCAGUACAAUGACCGGAUGGCCAGGAUGUACCAAGUGCCUCUGGAUAAGUGCGAGAACAACUGGGUUACUCGCUACUUUUUCCAGAUGCACUUGGGGAAUGAUGACCGCCGUGAGAAAGCAACGGCCAAGAAGAGCGAUCUUGAGGCACCCAUUAGCAACGAUCAAGCGACUCAAGAGAGUCAUGUUGCUAUAUCGUCCUCGUCUUACACCCCUUUCGCCCUCCCCACCACUACUACUGCCACUAAUACAACUACCGCUCCUACCAUUGCCAUUACCACUGCUGAUAUUUCCUCUACGUCGACCGCCUCUCCUUUCUCCAUUCCCGCCCCACCUCCUUCAUCAUCCUUGUCGACUCAGCAGCAACAGCCACGUACUACUAGAAAGCGUAAAAGCUCAGAAUAUGCACCUAGUAGUCGUUAA